AUGCCGGUCAAGGAUGAGGCCGUCUCUGGUCUCUCCCUACCCGGCCUCGACGACAUACAGGAUGACGCUCUUCUCCAUGGCAGGGACGUCAAGCGCCUCCGUGACGCCACGACGUCUGCCCUGUCACAAGUUUGGAGCGAUACCUGUGCUACGACGGCGUUACUCACUCGUAAGAUCAACGAAGGCAACGCAGCCUUCACUGAGAAACUCAAUGACCCCUUCGCUGCAGUGGGGCAGCUUUUGGACAGCUUGCCGGCGAUUGCGAUGAUCCAGCCUGACCCUCAGACUCCAUGA